UUACAGACCGCGUAGCCCCGCCUCUUCUCAUCGGCGCGCCGCCCUGUUCGUGACGUGAAGGGACCCCGCGGUUGGCGCGCAGGGUACGGAAUGGCGGCGGUGCUGGAGUUGGUGCUGCAGGAGCGGGUCACGGUGGACGCGGUGCUGCGCUGGCUGACCGGCACGACGCAGGAGAGUCCUGUUGAUUUCAACCUCGCUCCUCUUCACUUGUUACGGAAAGACUUUGUUCCCUAUCUGCUCAACUUUCUUCGAGAGCAGACCAGUGAGGUUUUAAGUAAUGGACCAUCAACUCCAGCGAAAACACCUAAUUCUAAGGCUGUUUCCAAAGCAGUUAGCUCGAGUAGCCAAAGGACUAUCCUAGAGAAGAGAUCAAGCCAGCCUUCAGGUCAUCGGGGGAGUAGAGUACAGCUGUUUGCACAGACUCCCAAUGCCUCUGGUGUUUCAGAAAAUUGUUUUGCUUCUCCAAAUUCAACGAACAGUGACUCCUCUUUUAUGAGCAGAUCCAACCUAACAAACUCUUCAAGUAGGGUUUGUAUUCAAACUAGUCCAAAUUCAAGCUGCAGUCCUAUUUCUCACCACAUUGAAAAGCGUUCAGCACAGAAACCAGUUCUUGGCAACUUUUUGGUGAUGACGCCAGAAGGGCAGACUGCUCGCCGUACUCGGAAAAAGAACAAUUCAUCUGGCCGUCAUGUGCCUAAAGACCAAAGUAGAAGGUCGACUGAAAAUGAAGGACAGGGAGAGAACAAUACAUGGAGUGCAAACAAAAAGCAAGUGUGUACAAAUAUUAGUAGUCCUCCUGCAUCUAAUCUAAAUAUAAACAACUUGGAAGAGUUUCCACCUAUGGGUGCAUCUUGUGAAUCCGCAAGCAAAUCGAAGCCAUUGAGAAGGAUCAAUCCAACUCCUCUUAAUGAUGUGAAUUCCAAGUCUAGGAUAUGCUUUACCUCCACUCCUAUCAGCACCUCUAACAUUGACCGCAGCCACCCAGGAAUGGAGGCAUUUACAAGUGUUCAGGAAGGAGUAUGCGCCCCUGAUGCAGGCAGUUUACGGGAAGAGAGGGAGAUACUGCGCAAGGAAAGGUCCAAACUGCUGCAGCAGACUUCCUCUCCAGUUGCAUUAGAUCCCAUCACUCCCACCAAACAGACCUACAACCGUAACAGCGGUGUUUUAUCGGAUAUGAUGACGUACGCUGACCUUGGCAAAGUGUCCUGUCGGAAAAGACUAGAAAUCCUUGCUAAACUUUAUUCAUCCUGCAUAACAGAAAACCUUGUGCCAAAUAUAUUUCUGGAGUUCUUUUUUGUCCUUCAACUGCUAACGUCCAGGGGACCUGCCAGCACUGAAGAUAGAGACUCUGAGCUCGAGAUUACCAGAGGAAUGAAAGAUGCUGUUGAGUCCCAGCACUUUCAGAGUGUACACAAUUGUGUAUUUUUUGCUGUUUUGGUCCUUGAUUUUCAGUUUACGGUGAUCUCUCUCUUAGAUAAGAACACAUUAAAGCUUCUAGCAGAAAAUGAACGUAUUGGGACAUUCUUUCCCCCUUUACAGGAACGCCUGUUGGAAGCGCACAGAACCAGUACAGGGAAGGUAUCUCUUCUGCUUCCAGCAACCCUACAUUCUGUGUCCUUUCAGCCAGAAACCGAUAAUCGUUCUAACUUUCCUAGUGAUCGUUCAUUCCACAUUUUCAAAAAGCAAAGAGAUGUCUUUUAUGAGUUGCUGCGUGAGUGGGAAGAUUGCCAUGAAAAGGCUGACUGGGAUUUUGAGCGUUUCCUGGGCAAUAAGAUCAGGGCUAUGAUGUUAAACUUGUCCUUAGCUUCUAAUCAUAGUCAUUUUGCAAGAUUAUUUCAGAAGCAACUUGUGCAGCUGUGUAAGGGACCGAAUGGAGGAAAGGUAACUGCUGGAGUUGGUGAUAACCCUGAUCAGGACCUACUCAAUAUGCUGGGAUCUGACAACCUGAACAGACUGAAACAACUGCAAGAAAGAUUUGUGGCCCCUCAGAGUGUUGGUGGCCCCUGCCCUCCCCCUUCUUUUCCUGGGUACCAGGAAUUCUUCAGAGACUUCAUACUGAGUGCAGGAAACUACCAGUUUAAUCAGCACCUUAUGGACAGUCUGUGUCAGGAAAUACAAGAGUUAGAUGCCCUUUCCAUUGUGGGAUAUGAGACUACAGAUGGGGAAUCGGAUAUGGAUGAGCAGGAUGAAAAAAUACGAUUUGCCUCAAUUCUUCUGACUGUUCGGCUCUUGGCGAAGUUCCUGGGAUUCUUGACAUUUUUACCAUAUAGAACUACAGAAUCACUUACUGGGGAACUACAAGAGACUGCAGUUGCUCUACGAAACCAGACUCUUCCUAUGUUAGAUGUGCUGCAGUUACUCAGACGGUCCAUACAGGACCAUCGUACAGUGCUGACUGUUCCAUGGGCAGUAGAGUACCUUUCAUUGGUGGAUGGUGUUGCCCCGUAUCUGCAAUAUUACAGAAAAGUUUUCUGCUGUUUACUACACCUGUAUAGGUACAAGCUGAUCGUGGCUGAUGAGAAGGAGAUGGGGUUAUUAAACAAGCUGCUGAUUCUUGCUGUUCUCGGAUGGCUCUUUCAGGUGCCAGCAGUACCAGAAGAUAUGUUUUUUAACAAUGAAGCUGCUCAAGAUGGGGUUUCAGUAGGAACUGUUGUAACAACACGAGCCCUGGAUUGUGUGCCUCUGGUGGAUCAGCAACUAUUGUACAGCUGUUGUCCUUACCUUGGAGAAUUGCGGAGGUUGCUCAUCUCUUUCGUGGCUGGCUGUGGAGCAAGGAAUGGAGGUUUUAUAAGGAAAAUUACUCCUACUGCUGCAGAGCCACUGAUGCCAAAACCAACUUUGUCCCAAAAAAAGCUGCAGGCUGAGCUAGAACAAGCAUUCUUCCACAAUCAGCCUCCGUCCCUACGUAGAUCUGUGGAGUUUGUGGCUGAACGGAUUGGAUCUAACUGUGUUAAACAUAUCAAGGCUACUUUGGUGGCAGACUUGGUGAAGAGAGCUGAAGUCAUCCUGAAGGAUAAAGUGUCAGAGGACAUUGCAGGUCACAGCAAGCUGCUGGACAGUGUGUGUGCCAGGCUCUGUGAGGAUGGACGGCAGGCUCUGCAGCAAGGACAGGAAUACUGCAAGAGAAAGGCUCCAGAGGCUGUCGGAGUGCUGCUACCGGAGGAGACGUCUGCUUGUGUCCUGAGGAAUGCAGAAGACAUUGCAGUGUCCCUGGCUAUAGAAAAGGCUUGCACUUGGCUAAGCACCAACAUUUCAGCACUUAUCAGAAGAGAAGUGAAGGCCACGUUCAAUCGUAUGGUGAAGUCACAUAAUAUAACCUCGUCCUUUGUGGAUAACGCAGCUAUGAAGAAGGAAUGUUGUGAUGAUUGUGAGCACAAAGUCGCUCUCCCCUCCAGACUCAUUAGUGAAAUCAAGGAGUUUCUCUGUAUUUCAGUUGGGCCUCGUGAUUGUGAUGAAGGAUUGGAGUUAACUCAGCUGAGAAAUUUCCUUGCGCGUCUCUCUCAGACUCUAAAUUGCAGGAAGUAUACAACCGUACCAGCAGAACACCACCUUGCAAAAUGUACCGUGGAGCUGGUUUCCCUCCUUGUGUCUGGUCAAGUUCCAUUGGUGGAUUUCCUCUCCCCUGAGCUAUGUAACGUUGCUGAAAAUCAGCGUAAGAAGGAAGCAGUCAGCCAGCUUCUGAUGUCAAUGCUCACAAUCUGGAAGAAGGAUUUUGUGGUCCCUGUACCUAUACAGCUGAUAUUUAGCCACAAGAAUAUGAAGUAUUGUAUGGGUGUGCACACACAGGAGCAGUGGGGAACGUUUGCCUUCUUAAUACAACAGUUGCUUGAGUUGGGACUUGUACAGAAAGGUGAACUUGAAGAGCACAUAUGCAGACUCCAAAAGUACAAGUGGCCAUUGGAUCUGUUGUCUGAGCUGGAUCAUUUAUCGCUUGGCUCAGAAAACCACAGAGAGCCAAAAGAUCGGACCGGUAUACUCGUGCCACACACAGGGGCUGAAAUCAUUGCUCCAAGUUAGUGCCUGGAACACCAGUUGUGUCUUCCUACGUCUGAUGCUGCUAACUGUGCCAUGUGUUCCACAUCCAAUACAAGGUACUUCUCGGUGAACGU